UUCUUUUUCCUCCUUCUUCCAGGGCCGCUUGUUGGGCAUAUAGCGGCGCGGCAGCACCAACGCCACCACAGCCGCCGGCGGUAGCAGCAUCACUACGACCUGCGGCGGCAGCGGCAGCGGCAGCAGCAGCAAUUCAGAACAAGAAGCAGUUUGUCCCAACCUGAACUGGUCUUCCCUGGCAGAUGGCUAAGCUUGUUCCAGCCUUCAAGAAAAUCACUAGGAAGCAACCAUUUUAAAUGUGCAGCCUGCUUUAUAUCAGAGGCCAGGAAAAGGAAAGCUAAUAUUAAAACCAUAUAAAACAGAUCAUGAUGGUAUCUAUCCCAGAAUACUAUGAAGGGAAGAAUGUCCUCCUCACUGGAGCUACUGGCUUCAUGGGAAAAGUUCUUCUGGAAAAGCUACUAAGGUCCUGUCCGAAGGUGAAAACGGUUUAUGUGUUGGUUAGACACAAAGCAGGGAAGAAUUCUCAAGAACGCGUGGAGGAAAUGAUCAACUGCAAGCUCUUUGACAGAUUGAGAGAUGAACAGCCAGAAUUUAAUGAAAAAAUUAUAGCAGUUGCCAGUGACCUUACAGAAGUAGACAUGGCCCUUAGUGAGGAAGACAAGGAGAACCUCAUAAACUGCACUAACAUUGUAUUCCACUGCGCUGCUACUGUAAGAUUCAAUGAAAUUCUAAGAGAUGCUGUUCAGCUCAAUGUAAUUGCGACACAACAACUUCUCUUCUUGGCCCAGAAAAUGAAGAAUCUAGAUGUGUUUAUCCAUGUUUCAACAGCAUUUGCAUACUGCAACCGAAAACACAUUGAGGAAGUGGUGUAUCCACCCCCUGUUGAUCCUAAGAAAUUAAUAGAUUCCUUAGAGUGGAUGGAUGACAGCCUAGUGAAUGAUAUUACACCAAAACUAAUAGGAGACAGGCCUAAUACUUAUACAUAUACAAAAGCCUUAGCAGAAUACAUUGUACAACUGGAAGGUGCAAAACUAAAUGUAGCCAUUAUAAGGCCAUCAAUUGUGGGUGCCAGCUGGAAGGAGCCUUUCCCAGGAUGGAUUGAUAACUUUAAUGGACCUAGUGGCCUUUUUAUUGCUGCAGGAAAAGGAAUCCUUCGAACGAUGCGAGCCUCAAACAAUGCAGUUGCAGAUCUUAUUCCAGUAGAUGUAGUCAUCAACGCAACAAUAGCUGCUGCCUGGUAUUCCGGAGUUAAUAGGUAUAACAGACCAAGAAAUAUUAUGGUAUACAACUGUACUACGGGUGGCACCAAUCCCUUCCAUUGGGGUGAAGUUGAAUACCAUGUAAUAUCCACUUUCAAGAGGAACCCUCUCGAACAGGCCUUCAGACGGCCCAAUGUAAAUCUAACCUCCAAUCACCUUUUAUAUCACUACUGGAUUGCUGUAAGCCAUAAGGCCCCAGCAUUCCUGUAUGAUAUCUACCUCAGGAUUACAGGAAGAAGCCCAAGGAUGAUGAAAACAAUAACACGUCUUCACAAGGCUAUGAUGUUGCUAGAGUAUUUCACCAGUAAUUCUUGGGAAUGGAACACAGAUAACGUCAAUAUGCUCAUGAGCCAGCUGAGUCCUGAAGACAAAAAGACCUUUAAUUUUGAUGUUCGACAACUACACUGGGCAGAAUAUAUGGAAAAUUACUGCAUGGGAACGAAGAAAUAUGUAUUGAACGAGGAAAUGUCUGGUCUCCCAGCAGCUCGGAAACACUUGAAUAAGCUAAGGAACAUUCGUUAUGGCUUCAAUACAGUGCUUGUGAUCCUCAUCUGGCGUAUUUUCAUUGCAAGAUCACAAAUGGCAAGAAACAUCUGGUAUUUUGUCGUUAGCCUCUGUUACAAGUUUCUCUCUUACUUCAGAGCAUCCAGCACUAUGAGAUAUUAAAGAUGGCAAUUCUAGAAUUAGGACAUCUAUGCAUAUGGUGGUCUAAUGGCAUAAAGCCCUAAAAUGUACCUACUCAUCUCGUCUUUUGUAAAAACAUGAAAUAUUAGAUCUGGAUUGUGAAAUACAGUACACGUGAUGCUUAAUUGUGUAUUUCUGUGAAGAUCAUAUGGCUGGUACUGGAUCAAUCUGUCAUUAGGCAAAUAUGUAGGUUAAAUAUCCAAAUGAAUUUAAUAUCUCUGUAUGAGGAAGAACUUUAGGCCACUGACCAGUGUAACUGUGCAAUUCUGGAAUGCAUUGAAAUUAAAAUCUGCCUUAACAUAGUAAACUUAAUUUUUAUUGCAAAUAAGCGUGUUUAGUUAAGGUGAACAAAUUAUUGGCUUAGAUGGUAGAGCUAUUUAUUUGAGACUUUAAAACUGCAACUGGUUUGUCUGGUUAUUCUUAUGAGAGAGGUAUCUUUGUAAAUGAUUGUGAGUUGGGCAUUUGUUAGUCUUUUAUUCUCUCCUCCUUUCCAGUCCCUUGACUUGAAAAAGGAGGGAUCCUUCAAGGGGAAAACUGCAGCUGAUACACAGCAUUUUUCUCUGCAUGUUUUUCUGACUUGUGGCUUAGAACUGUUUGUAUGGCCAAGGAAAGAGGUGAUUUUAUCCCUUGGAAGUUGCACACAAGGGAACCACACCAUUACAAGUCACUAGUAUUUUCCUUUUAUUGCAGAAGAAAUCAGGAAUUUUGAAAUUUUGUUCAGUGAUUUAGAGCAUAAAUCUGUUUACGAAAUGCCACAUUUCUUAAAUUACCUACAGAAUUUUAAACUAAAUUAUCAAGCACUACUUCUGAAGGGGUGAAAUUGAUAUUUAUGCUAAAUAAAACUCAGCACAGUUUGGGGGAAUGGUGAAAAUAGAAAUGAAGAAAAUAGAAAUAACUGAAUAGGUACUGGUUAAAUGUAUUUUUCUGCAUGUUGCUUUACCAGGAAAAAUGCAUUUACAGCAGUCCUUACUCGAAGAUUUAAUUAAGUACAUAUAAUAUUAAAAUCUUACUCUGUAAAACAUAGUUACAUACAAUUCUCUGCUAUCAUUAACAUUCUUUUUAUUUUAUAUAAUCUACCAUACCUGUGUGGUGGCAACCAAUUAACUUCUAUUAUACCUGGGUUUUUUUUUUUAUUAAUAUGCCUAAGUAACUUGUGAAUGAAUUCUGAAUGAACCAUAGGAGUUACGUGAAGCACAUGCAUCCUAUACUUAUAAUUCCACAUAUAGAGCAUGUCUUGCUGCUGUGGAAAUAUAACUUCUUUCAUGCAAAUGUGCAUCUGAUUUUGGAGAGAGAGCUUCCUUGUUGAAGUUUAAAUAUUUUAUCUUAUUAAGUACUUUAAUGUACAGUUGUUUUUUGUUUAAAAAAAGGAUCUGCAUAUAAUUUUACAGGGAUACAAAAUGUUACAUAGUCAAAGGCCACACUAUUAAGAAGUGUGUGAGUCUGAUGUUACAGUGUUGGAAUACAAUAAAUUGUGGAUUUAGUGAUUUAAGGUUUUACAGUUGGGUGCAAUAUUCCUACUGUAUCUGCUACAGCUGCUCCCCUAAUUCUUUCUCAUUGAACUUGAAUAUUUACUUGGCAUUUUAGUACGUUGUAAACUUUUGCACAAGGUGCCUGGAACCCAACAAGCCACUUUGAUUUGUGUAUAUAUGUACGUGUGUGUGUGGUUGAACUUGGUGAGAGGCAAUUGUAAUAUGCUUAGAUGCUGAGUUCAUUUUCUCACUGUACUGUUUUUAUGGAACAAAUUACUGCUUACUCCUGAAGCUAAUGCAGCUGAGAAAAUUGCACCAGGAUCCAUACUACGACUUUAAAAGAUCUCUGAAUAACUGAUGGAGUUGUUUAAUUUUCCACACUAGUUUAACUUCCAGUAUGGCUGCCAUAUUGGAUUCCUAGGAUUUCCAUUUAAUUUGAAUGGUUACCUAGUUUUCUCAUACAAAGAAAUAACAUAACUAUGUCGCAAUAAUGUUCUAGCAUUCCACAUAAAUCUAGAUUGUAAAGGUUCCUUCAGUUUUGGUGUUCAUACUAAUGUUGCAACUUCAGUAAUUUCAGACUUGUUAAUUAAAAUAAACAAGAUUCAUAUUUUUGGGUAUUAGUCUGAAAAGUCUAAUUGACUUGAAGAAACUAUCCAAUCUAAAGUGAGAGAAGAGCAUUCUGAAGUGGAUCACUCAGAAGGUGUGCCAGAACUUUAAAAUUUGGGACCAUAGAAGAAGAUUACCCUGCAAUGUAGUUUUCUGCUGUAGGAACAGAUUCUGAAAACAAAAUUUUAAAUCAUAAGCUUUUAUAAAAUAGAAAUAUUGGGUGCCUUUGUUUGUAAACCAAAAAUAAACAAAUUCCUGAAUAUGAUGUUUGUUGAAUUUAUCAAGUUGUUUAAGUUGUGUAGAAACUUUAACUUAAAACAUUUUGUGAUUUGAAAUAGAAAUUAGUAGUAAAACCUCAUUUCAAAAUGUCUACAGUUGCAUGUAUAUUCAAAUAUCUAAAGGGCUGUCAGAUGGAACAAGAUUGUUUUUUCCUGCUCUGGAAGCUAGCACCUUGAACCAAUGGAUUCAAGUUUUAAACCGAGGUUGGAUGGCCAUCUGUCAUGUAUGAUCUGAUUGAGAUUCCUGCUCUGCAAGGGGUUGGACUAGAUAACUCUUGGGCUCCCUUUCAGUGCUACAGUUACAGUUCUAUGUAUAUGCUGUACAUACUACAGUCAUAUGCUAAAGGUCACACAAACCCCUAGUACCAAUGAGUACUAAUAUAAAACCCUAAAUUGAAGAAAUUUAAUGUUGCAUGGUUACUUUAGGUGAAAUCUGACUAAAUCAUGCACAGUAGACUGCCUGAAAUCAAUGGAUAAGUUACUUAAGACAAUUGAUUUCAGUGGAUGUACUGUAUUCUGAAAAUGGCUAGUGCUGAAUAUCACUCACAUGAGCAAUUUUUGGGCAUGUUUACUCAGCGUCUCUCUGAGUACUCGAGUCUCUCUCUCUGGGACCUUCUAGAUAAGCAUGCAUAAGAUUGCAGGCCUAACCAUUUUUUUAUCAGUGUAUUCAUUUUCUACAUUGUGUUUAAGCUUGAAUGAAAAACAAAAUUGAUUCAGUUGGUUCUAUCCAACAAUUUAACUACUUAUUUAAGAUGGAAGUGCAUAACAGGUCUUUCUUUACUUGUCACAUUAUUCAGGCAGUAUAGGACCUUAGAUGGGAUGAGAUGCACAAAUUUUACUUUCUGUAUUACAAUAGUAGAAGUUUGGUAGAAAUGAGGCACAGGGGGAAAGUUCAGUGUUGCUUCUUCACUGAAAAAUGAGCUGACAUUCACAUAAUCUUGAAACUUUAAAUAAAUGGAAUAUUUCUAAAAAUAACACUACCACAUAAUAAUACUAAUUUGAAAACUUAAUUUCCAUCUAGUCCAGAUGAGUAGGUUUUUAUUUUAAAGGAUCUCUAGAUAUUCUGAGCCUGUCAGACUAACACUCAUCCCAGAAAGAGGAGGAAAUGAUUGCUAGAAUAGGCAAUCAUGUUUUAAGAACAUUUUAUGCAGCAUAUACCUUAUAUUCCGGCGUAUAAGACGACUGGGCGUGUAAGACGACCCCCAACUUUCCCAGUUAAAAUAUAGAGUUUGGCAUAUACUCGCCGUAUAAGAAAUACAACCCGGCGUAUAAGACAACCCCCGACUUUUGAGAAGACUUUCCUGGGUUAAAAAGUAGUCUUAUACAGUGGUGCCUCGCUAGACGAAUUUAAUUCGUUCCACGGGUCUUUUCUUAUAACGAAAAAAUCGUCUAGCGAAUCCCAUAGGAAUGCAUCGAAAAAAAUUUGAUUUUUUUUUUUUGCCCAUAGGAACGCAUUAAUUGAAUUUCAAUGCAUUCCUAUGGGAAGCCGCGAUUCACUAGACGAAUUUUUCAUAAAACGAAUUCGUCUAGCGAGGCAACCUCCGCUUGAAAAAUCCUUUCGUUAAGCAUGGCAUUUGUUAAGCGAGGCACCACUGUACGCAGGAAUAUACAGUAUAUGCCAUCCAGUAACAGUGAUUUUCUUGGUUGCUUACAAGCAAUAGUAUACUGAGUACAGCUUGCUGGGGGGGGGGGGUGUGGAGAGAGAAAGAUAAGUGGAUCCAAGCAAAUAUAGAAAAGUAUCUGAAACAUGAGAGAAUGUGGGCUAAAUGGUAGAAUCAGCCCGGUUCACACAAAUUCACAGCUCUUUGGCUAAGUGUUUCUUGCUACUCAUCAGUUUUUAAAAAUAAUGCAGGUGACCCAGGACAGAUUCCAAAUGGUUUGUAUCUCAAGGGAUCUUCUUCUCCACACUGAGCUUCCACGCCUUAUAUGGCUUGAGAUCCCAGUUUCCUGACGCGUCAACUUUCUGUACUGUAUCAUGUUGCUGCAAUUGAAAUCUGUUUGAUCUUUGUGAACUCCCAAGAUUUGUCUACAUGAAUAGUAACAUCAAUUUUAAGGCUUUAAAUAAAAACCGUUGAUAUGGCAUGGUCUUAACUUGCAUAUAA